AUGGUUCUUCUUGUUGCCUUGUUCCUGAUACUAGUUCUCCUGUCUUUCUGGAGGGUGGCAAAGGGGAAGCUGGAACCCCACUACAACUACCCCAAGAGCCUGCCCUCUCUGCCGGUCGUUGGCAGCUUGUUGCAUCUUGUUGGACACCCCCAGCUCCACCUUUUUUUCUGCAGACUGCAAGAGAAGUACGGCCAGCUCUACGCUCUCUAUAUGGGCUCCCAUUAUGUAGUAAUAGUUAACAACUAUGUCCAUGCCAAGGAAGUGCUGCUUAAGAAAGGGAAGAUCUUCGCGGGGAGGCCCCAUAUGGUAACCACAGACUUGCUGACACGGAAUGGGAAAGACAUUGCCUUUGCCUCUUACAGCCCUGUCUGGAAAUUUCAGCGGAAGUUGGUACACUCUGCACUUUCCAUGUUUGGGGAAGGCACUCUGCUCCUGGAAAACAUCAUCUGUCGAGAAGCAGCAACCCUGUGCAGAACGCUGAAUUCUGAGCAGGACACCUCCCUGGACAUGGCACCUGAAUUGACACGUGCUGUUACUAAUGUGGUGUGUUCCCUUUGCUUCAACUCAUCCUACCAUCGUGGAGACCCUGAGUUUGAGGACAUGCUCCAGUACAGCCAAGGCAUUGUAGACACCGUUGCCAAGGAGAGCCUUGUGGAUAUCUUCCCUUGGCUUCAGUUCUUUCCCAAUAAGGACUUGGCCUUGCUGAAACAGUGUGUGGAGAAGAGAGACCAGCUCCUGCAACAGCAGUUUGUAGAACAUAAAGAAGCAUUCAGCAGUGAUUCAGUCACUGACUUAAUGGGCUCUCUCCUGAGAGCCAAGCUGAACCUGGAGAACAACAACAGCCAUCUAUUGCCAAGGAUGGACCUGACGGACGAUCACCUGCUCAUGACUGUGGGUGACAUCUUUGGGGCUGGUGUUGAGACCACCACGACUGUACUGAAGUGGAGUCUACUGUAUCUGUUGCACAACCCAGAGGUGCAACAGAAGAUCCAAGAGGAACUUGAUCAGGAAGUAGGCUUUAACAGACAUCCCCAGCUCAAUGACCGGCAGCACCUGCCUUACUUGGAAGCCACCAUUAGUGAGGUUUUGCGUAUCCGCCCUGUCUCUCCACUCCUCAUCCCACAUGAAGCAUUAGAAGAUACCAGCAUCGGGGAAUAUGACAUCCCUAAAGGAGCGCGAGUUGUGAUCAAUCUCUGGUCCCUUCACCACGAUGAGAAAGAAUGGGAUAAGCCAGAGGAAUUUAAUCCAGGUCGUUUUCUGGAUGAGCAAGGGAAAAGAGUCUACUCUCCUUCACCGAGCUAUCUACCCUUUGGAGCUGGUAUCCGGGUUUGUGUGGGAGAAGCACUGGCUAAGAUGGAGCUUUUCCUGUUUCUGGCUUGGAGCUUGCAAAGAUUCACAUUCAGUGUUCCUGAAGGCGAAACACUGCCUGCACCAGAGGGAAAAUUUGGAGUCGUUCUCCAAGUACCAAAGUUCAGGGUGAAGGCCGCACUGCGGGAAGCUUGGCAGGGCCUGGUAAUUUAUUAG